UUUACCUUUAAAAAUUUUUCUCAUCCAGGUACAAAAUUCAGGUAAAUGCAGAAGGUUGAAUAUUAUUCUUUUGGCAUUUCUUCGAUACACUUCGCGAGAUAAGUUUCAGAUGAAUUUAAAUUUACAUUAUUUGAGUUUUCUUUUGAUGACAUCGUUCUCUUUCUCAUUGGGAAAAGAAGAAAUUUGUAAUUGUUCAUCAACCGAUCUUCAGACAAAAAUCAUCAAAUCGGAUAUUGUUCUUUUGAUUGAAGUUAAUGACUACGUAGAACAUGUGAACGAAAAACGAUAUCUAGUGAAUGUCACAACAGUUUACAAGGAUUGUUCUAAAUUAAUUGGAAUUUUCGAAAAUGAACUGUCUAUUUUGGCCAGGGAAGAAUGCUUUGUACAAUUUCAAUUAGAACAAUUGUACAUAAUUGGCGUUGAAUUAAAAUCUGGAGAACCAAUUAUAUCAAAUUGUGAUCUUACUAUUCCUUUCCAUAAUGCUACAGAAUUGGAUUUCAAACUACUUUCCCAAGAUCAUUGUAAUAAUCAAAACGUUCAUCGAGUUAGAAGACAGACUGAUUCUAAUGAUUUAAAAAUGCCGACAACAACUGAAAUGACAAUCGAGGAAUUAAAAACAAAAUCUGCUGAAAUAGAGAAAAAAAUAACGGCUGAAUUGUCGAAUAAAGAAGAGGAAAUGUUACCGCUGGUGGAACUAACAACUGAAACAAUAAACGAAAAAACAACAAUUUCAACAACAACAACAUUUCAACAAUCAGAAACAACAAUUAUGCCUAUUUUGAAAACGACACAAUUAACAAAUGAUGAAACAACAUCGGUAGUAACAGAAUUAACUACUGAUUUCUUUAGUGGACCAAUAACAAUAGUACCAACAAUAAUGGUACCAACAACAACUGAAACAGUAAAUGAUAGAACAACAUUUGGACCAUUUGAUACAACAACUGUGCCAUUUGAUACAACAACAAUUGCACCAAAUGAUAAAACAACAACUGUGCCAUUUGAUACAACAACAAGUGUACCACUUGAUACAACGACUGUGCCAUUUGAUACAACAACAAUUUUGCCACUUGAUACAACAAUUGUGCCUCUUGAUACAACAACUGUGCCAUUUGAUACAACAACAAUUGUGCCUUUUGAUACAACAACUGUUCCAUUCGAUACAACGACUGUGCCAUUUGAUACAACAACUGUGCCAUUUGAUACAACAACAAUUUUGCCACUUGAUACAACAAUUGUGCCUCUUGAUACAACAACUGUGCCAUUUGAUAUAACAACAAUUGUGCCUCUUGAUACAACAUCUGUGCCAUUUGAUAUAACAACAAGUGUACCACUUGAUACAACGACUGUGCCAUUUGAUACAACAACAAUUUUGCCACUUGAUACAACAAUUGUGCCUCUUGAUACAACAACUGUGCCAUUUGAUACAACAAUUGUGCCUCUUGAUACAACAACUGUUCCAUUCGAUACAACGACUGUGCCAUUUGAUACAACAACUGUGCCAUUUGAUAUAACAACAAUUGCACCAAAUGAUAAAACAACAAUUGUGCCUCUUGAUACAACAACUGUGCCAUUUGAUACAACAACAAUUUUGCCACUUGAUACAACGACUGUGCCAUUUGAUACAACAACAAUUUUGCCACUUGAUACAACAACUCUGCCUUUGGAUACAACAACAGUAUUCAGAAACCCACAAACAACAACGCCACCACUGAUAAAAUCAACAGAAUCACCAACAACACCCCCACCAUUUGACAUAAGAUCCUUGUUGACUGACGAGAAAAAAUACAAAUAUUUCCUAGCACAAGUGGAAUACUUGAAACAUUUAAGAAAUACAAAUCAAAAUAAUCCUGUCGAAAUAAUAAAUAAUAAACAAUACACUCUUGAAAAAACAACAAAAUCACCACCCAUUGAAAUCCCAUUAGAAUUAGCUCAAUUAAAAUCACUUCUUGCUGACGACACGAAAUAUAAUUAUUUCCUAUCACAAGUGGAAUAUUUGAAAAAUUGGAGAAGAGUGAAUAAAAAAUUCCACAUAUACAUACAACAGCCAAGGAUUAUGGAAAAUGAUCUAUUGAAAAAAUUAAUUGACCUACAGAAUCAAGGAUACUUUGAGCAACAGUGGAGAAAUUUGCAAUUACAAAAUUCAAACCUGAAUAAUAAUUAUAAUAAUAAUAAUAAUAAUAAUUAUUAUUAUCGGAGAAAUUGAUGUAUUUUGAUUGAAUUAUAAUGUUUAUUGUGUUGCGAGUUGUGUGCGUUGAAUUAUGGAAUGUUAAAGCUUAUUAUAAUUGAUGGUUAUUAUGGUUGUUAAUAUUGUUUGUACAUGAUAAUAAUCGCCGAAUCAAUGUGUUUGUUAAUUUUAGGAUUGAAAAUUUGCGAUAUUUGUUGCGUGACUGCUAGCUGGAAAAUUAUUAAAAUACGUUCAAAUCAUAAAUUAUGGGUAUAAAUAUAAUUUAUAAUUUAAUAUGCAUUAUUAAUAUUAUAAUUAUUAUAUUAC